GACGCGGCGGGCGGCCCCGUGGGAGGCGGCGCCGGGCCCGCCAUGCCGAAGCGCUCCUGCCCCUUCGGGGAGGGGGCCCCGCUGCAGCGGAAAACACGCGUGGGGCCGCGCGAGCUGAGCCGGGGCGUGCGCGGCGAGGAGCUGCGGCGGGAGGUCUGCGAGAGGACCCGGCGGCUGCUCUUCAGGGGCGCCCAGGCGUACAUGGAGGGCCCCGCCGCCGCCGGCCCGGUCACCCGCUCGCCGGAGCCGGCUGAGGAGGCCCAGGGCGGCAGCGCGGGGCGCCGCUGGAGCGGGCAGCUCCUCAUCGGCCCCGACGGGCGGCUGCUGAGGCGCUCGGCCGCCGCCAAGGUCCCGCCCGUGGGAGCAUCCCGAGCCUGUUCGUCCUGUGUGCGAGCUGCCGACGUGAAGGAGGCGUGCACGCAGUGCGACCGCUUCGUCUGCCCCAGCUGCAGCAGGCUCUGCAGCUGCUGCAACACCCUCACCUGCUCCUCGUGCUCCACCGUUGAUUAUGGUGAUGUGGGAGAGCAAGUUCUCUGCAAUGGUUGUUCAAUAUUUCAAGUCUGAAAGUUGAUGAAAUAGCCUUUAUGGCUAAGAUGUCUGUAAAUUUAAUGAAGUCUCCUCCUUACGGCUGGUCAAUUAAUUCUUCUAGCACAUGAAUUAAUAUGGAAGCUCUGUGUUUUAUAUCUUUAUAUUGUACUUUUUAAUAUUGUAGCUAAAUAAACAUUUAUAUUUUGAA